AAAGAGCUCGGGGCAACUUGAGGGUAACCCUAACCUCGAUUGGACACUUGGGAAAUCACGAGCCUGGCAUGGCCCCACCGCGGGUCGUCGACGCGGACCGUCGAGCAAGCGAUCCUGCUUGCCCGCUACAUUCACGACGACAGGAUGAACAACACUGUAGCAUUUCCCACCACGUCUGUAUCCAAUGCUUCUAGACCCAUUGAAACUACUUCUCUCAUCUCCUACGCCGCGCACCGCGCUACUGCCGUCGAAGUCUGCGAUCUCGUCUAUGGCCCAGCCGUUCCGUCCUGGAGCGCAGUAGAGAGGUUCUACGAACCUGACGCGGUCUAUGAGAAUCCAAUCGUGACCGCAACGUCGCGCUCCGUCAUCGCAGACAUUCACGCGCUUUCGAGUCGCCUCGCGCAGUUGGAUAUCCCGCGGCCGGUCGCGCUACUCCAUAGCCUCUUCGGAAUUUCGCGCGAUGGCGGCUUGCGGGACUCGUGGUUCAAGGCGAUGAGCAUGUGGAAUGAGGUCACAGAUGUGUCCGAGAGCGAAAGCUAUGAUGGGCAUCAAACCACGAUCAUGGAGCAUACUCUGCACAUUGACAUCCUCCCUGGGCUCCUUGCACGGCGACGCUCGAGUGCAGGGCCGUCUUACUCCCUGCCGUCUACCGCCCCAGACCUGUCCCUGUCCAUGCCGCAUCCACCAUUACAUCGCCAAACAUCCUACCUCUCGAGAGGCCACUCAACCCAGGCUUCUCCGUCAUCAAUACUUCAUCUUUCGCUGCCAAUCAUCACUCGCCUCUCAUUCAACGAUGCAGGCAAAAUAACUCACCAUCGCGACUUCUGGGACAUCAAAGAUCUCCUAAACCUACUCCCUGGUAUGUCCCUCGCACAAUGGAUCACCACUCGCAUGAUCGCCCAGGGCAUCCGGGGGCUUGUAUCCGCCGGCCGGAUGUUCUCUGGCUCCCGCGCUGCGCGGGCCGCGGACGAGGGAAAGGACGAAGAGGAAGGUCUCUCCCCGGCGGCUGUGUAUGCGAGUGAGGUGAAAGACCGUCUGUAGACUGUCUCUGGCUUAGGCGCUCGUGCGUUGCGGGUCGGUGAGGACAACCUGCGCAGGAUUUGUGCGCACGCGAUCCCUCGCAGGUCUUACGGACAUGCCCAAGCUGCCGGAAUCGAGCCACUGGGGAUUGACUCAGGACUGUAGAAUCGGCGAUCUUCCAGACCACACCUCGUACUUACUGCACUCCCUUUCUUGGUGCCCCUUCGCUAUGUACACGACAUCACCUAAUCUUGGUAUGACUUGUAUGAUGUCUUCAAUGCUCUGUGAAAUGUUCUGUACGCACUAUCAUUAUUAUCAUUCACGAA